AUGUCUGCUGGAGGAUGGGACAAAUUCAUGAAGAAUGGCUCUUUUUCUAUCAAAGAAAUGUAUAAGCAUCUGCAAAGUGACCUUGAGAAAGUUUCCUGGUCUAGAGUGCUGUGUCAAAAUCAGGCUUCCCCUAGAAGCUUAUUUACUACUUGGCUAGCUGUUAAUAACAGACUUCCUACUAGAGACAGGUUGGCAGUGUGGGGUAUUGUGGCUAUUGUGAACUGCUGUCUGUGUAAUGCUGCUCCUGAGUCAGUUGAGCAUUUGUUUUUUCAGUGUGAUUUUUCUGCUCAGAUUUGGUCUAUGGCUCUCAAAGCUCUGCAGUUUAACAGAAAUCCUAGUCCUUUCUCUAAUGAGCUUGCUUGGGCUUUUAAAAGUGCUAAGAGAAGGUUUGCUAAACAUCAGUUGUUUUUAAUGUAUUUUGCUGAAAGCUUGUAUGCAAUCUGGCUGUAUAGAAAUGAUCAGAUUUUCAACCAAAAUCACAUAAAUAUGACUGCUGCUGUUUUAUUCAGGGAAAUUAGUUUCAAGGUGGCUUGUUGA